AUGGAGCACCGCGGCACUUCUCGAUAUCCGGCGACUCGCCAGCCAUUGGGUGACGCGACGCAGCGGAUCAACCAUGCCACCGUUGCCAAUGUCAACCGCCGAUACGAAGCUGGUGACGUUGAAAACCACGUCCUGUCCAAGUCCAAGAACGCCGCUCAUGGACGUUCCAAUCCCGUUCUUCCGGUCCAUCACCUUCAAGCUGAACAACGCACUCACCAUGCGCCAGCUCCAGCACCGCUGGUGGAACCAGGACCAGCCAACCCGCGUCUUACAGCUAUUGGCCAGGAUUCUCACGGCAGCUCCGACCCACGUCGCGUUUCUCAGUUCUCCAAUGUGUCCUCAAACGCGUCCAGCACCCGCCAGCUCAAGACUCAUAUCGGCCCAUGGCAGCUCGGCAAGACGCUGGGCAAGGGCUCGUCGGCCCGAGUCCGCCUGGCCCGUCAUCGCGUCUCCCAUCAGCUGGUCGCCAUCAAGAUCGUCGCCAAGAGCACUGCGCACAUGACUCAAGCCGGCAGUCUGGCCAACCUGGACCACAUCGAUUACAGAAACCCAACCAGGGGCGCUGAUGGCGGCCUCCGUCGGAUGCCCUUGGCCAUUGAGCGAGAGGUGGCCAUUCUGAAGCUCAUCCGGCACCCCAACAUCAUCGAGCUUCUUGAUAUCUGGGAGAAUCGUUCAGAAAUUUACUUGGUCACAGAGUACGUCGAGAAAGGGGAUCUGUUCGAGUUCAUCAACUGGAACGGCCCACUUCAGGAAGAGGAGGCCAUCUUCUACUUUCGCCAGAUUAUGACUGCUCUCGAGUACUGCCACUCGUUCAACAUUUGCCAUCGCGACCUCAAGCCCGAGAACAUCCUGUUGAAGGCCAAUGGCCAGAUCAAGAUUGCCGACUUUGGCAUGGCGGCCUUGCAACAGAACCCGAACCAUCAGCUCCGAACGGCCUGUGGAAGCCCCCACUAUGCUGCCCCUGAGCUGCUCCGCCACCAGUUCUACAAGGGUUCUGCCGUAGAUAUCUGGAGCAUGGGGGUGAUCCUGUUCGCCAUGCUCGCAGGACGUUUGCCCUUCGACGACGACGACAUGGGUGUCAUGCUGUCCAAGGCGAAGCGCGCAGAAUACAAGAUGCCGUCACAUCUGACAAGAGAGGCCAAGGACCUUAUUCGGAGGAUCUUGGUGGAUCAACCAACUCACCGCAUUACGAUGAAGCAGAUGUGGCGACAUGCUCUGCUCAAAAAGUACGACUAUCUCGAUGAAUACCAGAAAUGGGACGGGCAGUCGCAGCAAGUGCUACGCAACAUGGGCACGGCACCGAUCCCUGAGGAAGCCGACAUUCAGAUUUUGCGCCAGUUAAAGGCUCUCUGGCAUACGUACUCGGAAUCUACUCUCCAAGAGAAACUCCGACAGGACAAGCCGAAUGACCAAAAGUUGUUCUACUGGCUGCUCUACAACCACCGCGAGGCUCAGCUGGAGAACUACAACAACAACGUGCCAAUCUCCAAGAGCGACUUCCACCACCUCAAGCCACCCAACUGGGGGAAGCGCAUCUCAACUUGCCAGUUCACAAAGCCCAGUCGGAACGGGCACACUAGAACUGUAUCCAAAUUCACGGUAAUCUCUAAUGUUCCCGACGUGGACGAAGUCGGCACUGUCCGGAGCUACGAUCCUUACAAUGCAUCCCGCGUCCUGCAGCCCUGUGGCUCGCAGGUCAGCCAUACGAAGAUCAUUGUCCACCGUAAUGGCACUGAGUCGCGAGUUGGACCGUCUCCCACCGCCGUCUCGCACUCAUACCGCUCGUAUCACUCGGUGAACGGUUCGUUCCGUCAGCGGGCGAGGACGAACUCUCGGCGUACGAGCACGGCGGGUCAAUUGAGUUCACCUCAAGCCUCAAUGAGUUCGAUCCGCAGCCAUCAGAGCAACCCGCGCGUUCGUGCAAACAACCGAUCCAAGCGCUCCGUGGAUUUCUCGAGUAUCCGAAACAAGGUUAACCGCCAUCGUCGGAACCGCCAUGCCAGUUUGGCAGCUCCAGCAAGCGCCACUGGGAGUAGCACGACGUAUUUUCGCGCCACACUUCCGCCCGUCAGCCCGGCCAAAGAGUUGGACGCCUCUAGAGUCAGGACUACUCGGUCGAUGGUGGAGGUCGGCGACAAGACGGAUGACACGUUCAUCUGGAGUGAGGAACUUGAGCAGCUCGGUCACCGUAUCGCUCGCCACUGCGAUGAAGCUUUUGGAAGCUCCCUUCUUCUGUCAGAGUCGAGCAAUCUAAGUGUUGGCUCCCGCGAGGUCAGCCCGUUUGUGCUCUCCCUAGGGACAUUGACGGCAGUGCAGCCUUCGAACCAGCCUGCAUCCGCCCGGGAAACGCGCUCUUGGGACAACAGGCCGUUGCCGGCUGUCCCAUCUCAGUCGACAGUUCCACCAUUGUCAGCCCGGAAUGCGUCAAAUGCUGAACCUUCGUACAAGCUUCGCCCGUGGUUGGAUGUCCCCGCCUCGGAGCGGCGUGUUGUUUCCGAGCCGGUCUACGAUCGGCCGAGUAAAGACGCGAGGCAAUUGCCGUCCAUCUACGAGCAGACGUCAGAUAAUUGGACGAGACACAACGGUGGCCAGCAUGAUAUGGCUCUGAAUUCUCUGGAGACACCCACGCGUGCUACGAACAAAGGGUUGGAUGUUCUCGCCAGGGCCGAGAAUACCAUUCGUGCGGUCAACUCGUCAUCGGCACUAGGGGCUUCCGGCGCACCUGUGGAGGUGCCGGAGCCUCUCAAUGUUCGCAAAUUCACUCAGAAUACGGGCACUGCCAGGUCAGCGUUGACGCCCUCGCUUCACAACACGUCGAGACGCACGUCUUACGGGUCGAACCACACUACCCAAACGUCGGACGGCAACGGCGCCGAUGCUGUCCCAAGCAAGAAAAGGGUAUCCUCCUGGUUCAAGCGCUCGUCCAAGGAGAACGCCAGCGGCUCGAGCUUUGUGACGGUAACCGACAGCAGCGUGCGGCCCAAGGAGACCAUGGCGGAUUCUGAGGGCAGCCGCCUCAACCGGCCGACAUUGCUGAAGAAGAAGUCAUUUGGCUUUCCAUUCUGGAAGGGUGCUAGGGAGGAAGUGAAGAUGUCGCUUGCUGAUUCGGACCCCGACGACACGCGCACUCGCAACGAGAAGUCGACGAAGAAGAGGUACAGCAAAGAAUCCAGACUGGCAAGCGGGACGGCGCACAGCGUGUGGUCCGAGAGUGACGGCGGGAUCCGCAAGAUUGAGGUGCAGCAGAACUGGUUGGCUCGCCUCUUCCGCGUUAAGCCAGCUAUGCGCUAUCUUUUCUUCAACAUCCUCCAGCGCCGCGCAAGACAGGAGAUGGCGAUUUUGCUUCGCGAGUGGCGCAAGUACGGCAUCAAGGAUAUCGAAGUCGACAAGGGGCGCAACAUUAUCUUUGCACGGGUGGGCGCAGAGAAUUACCUCAACCUGAAGGAGGUGUCGUUUGCUGUCGAGCUGAUGACGGUCAUCGAGCACGGCAAGCGCAAUCAGCUCAGCAUCGCACGCUUCACACAGGAGAAAGGCGCGGCGAGCAGCUUCCACAAGGUUGUGGACGCCAUCAAUGCUGCGUUCGCCACCCGGUCUCUGCUCGUCACGGAUAAGCGCAAGGUCAAUAUGAUGAUUAAGACGCUGAACUCUUGA